AUGGGUGAGAACGUUCUCUGGGACGACGUGGGCGGCGGCGGUCACCGCAGCCCCCCCCGCCUCGGCGGCGGCGUCGGUCGCGACGAUGCUGUCGGCGAGCUGUUCGGCGGUGCCUGCGACUACGACAGCGACAACCCCUUCGAGCGGAAGCGCGGACUGCAGCUGCGGACCUCGCACUACGCACCAGCGGCGGCGGGCGACACCGUGCACGCAGAGCUGCACCGCAAAAGCUCGGGGCCGCGAACCAACGGGAGGGCGCUACGGCUCGUGCACGAGCAGGAGCGCCUCGACGAGCUCGAGUCCGUCGGGAAGGGCGCCCUCGAGGCGGCCGAGUUCGACCCACUCUACGGCAAUGAGCGGCUCUCCGCCUGGCGAGACAUCGGCGCGAGCCGGCAGACGCUGCGCUGGCUCGGCGAGGGCGUACGCGUGCCGUGGAACGAGAGGGGACCACCUCUCCCGUUCCACCACGGCGUGGGCAGCUUCUCGCCGAACGAGCGAGCGUGGCUGACGCAGGAACGCGACCGCUGCCUCGGCACAGGCGCGUGGCGUCGGGCGACUCGUUGCGACUACGUCUCUCGAGCCUUCGUGGUGUGGCACAAGGGCAAGCCGCGCCUCGUGAUCGACCUGCGGUGGGUGAACGAGCACGUGGAGAAGCGCAGCUGCAAGUUCGAGUCGCUGGCGACGCUACGGCGGCUCGCGAGGCGGCAUGACUUCAUGUUCUCACUCGACCUGACCGACGCCUACCACCACAUCGGCGUGCACGAGUCGGACGUCGACUACUUCACCUUCGCGGUGAUGCGCGACGUGGUGCGCUAUCUGCGCAACCCGGAUGCGGCGGCCAGGCCGCGCUACGGGCAGCGGCGGCGCCACUCGGGCGUGCACCGCGGCGUGCGGACGCUCCCGUGGCUCGACGACUUCGCUUUCUUCGUACGGGGCGUGCGGGCGGACCACCCGGAGUACGGCGCGAUGCUGGAGGCGGCUCGCGCCGAGAGCAUGCGUGUCGCGCCCAGCGAGCGGACAACCACGGGUCUCGGAUGCUUUCCCGGACGCGAGCCCUCCGUGCGAGUGGCGGACCCGGAGGCGGCCGGCCCAGCUCACCCCCAGAGAGGCCAUGGCCAGGGUCAGGCAUAA